AGAGAUGAAGAGAGCACCUCCGAUAGCAUUACCCUCUUUACCGACACCAUACGACUGUACGACAUACUUGGUGACACAAUCUCCGAUGUGUACAACUCGAAUCUGAACAAUGAUAUCCGACUCUCCCUGUCGCACAUGCUUGCCCGGAUUGUAGUUCACGAACAGAGGCUCGCAGAGUGGAGGCAUAGACUAUCGCCUCAGCUACAGCGUAGGCCGUGGGAGGCGACGGUUGAGGACGCAGACCCGAAGAACCUCGUCUUCGAUAAGCUAAGCAUCGUCAUGAUCUUACGAUACCUCAUCAAUCGCAUCCUUCUGCAUCGACCCAUUCUCAGCGCAUCUUUCCAUGACAUCUGCCAAGCGCAAGACUUUCCCCCGGAUUCUGAGGGUCCAAUGAGCCCACAGAGUAAACAGCGUCUUUUUUCUCCCGAACUGGCUGAGCUCAGCAUCAAAACUUGAGAGCAGACUGCCUUCAAGAUGAUCAGCAUCGUUCACAAGACACGCCAGUCGCCGCAACGCUCGGCAACAUGGUGGUUUACAGGGGAGCAUGCUGCCACCUCGCGUGUGACAAAUUCAUCCUCCCCAAAAACUCUUAGUUUCUAACU